AUGGGCUCAUCGUCGAACGCAAGCUCAAAUGGCCUUUACACACCGUCGACGAGCACCUACUACCACUCGCACAUCAUCCCUCUCCCACCGGUCACUCCGUACCUCUCUCCGGUUGAGCUCGCGCAGCUCGAUACACCAAAGGCAUCUGCAUACACACCUGCCAAGUCUGCACACCUCGUGGUCCACCCAUGCCUUGCACGAGGGCAUUCAGUCCUAUCAUGGGACAUGAUCAGAGAGCCUUACGGCUUGCCGCUGCCGCCGAACAUUCUCGCCGAGUCAGCGACGCAGCCUCCAGUCCCCCGCCUCACGGUCACCAUCGGAUCUGGUUACCCAUGGCGCGUCGACGUCGAGCCCCGCACAUCAUCCUACAUCACGGUCGCCGACGUGCUCCAUUGCAUAUACCGCAACCUCCGCAGCAUCGUUGGUUCGGCUGAGUGGGACCAUCCGUCCACACCUGCAGAGCUCAAAGCGCGCGCCUCCGCCGCAUAUCACGACCGUCGCAGGCGCUGCCCAGACCCGGACCCCCGAAAGGCGGGAAUCCGCAGAAUCGACUAUCUGGGUGACAUGCGCGCUUUCCGCGGUCUCGAGCCCUGCAAGAGCACAGGCCACGUCAAGGGCCAGCCUGACGCUGCGACACUGCAGGUGUCCCUCGGCCGCGCCUCAUGAGAGGCUGGACCGCGCUCAUCGCAUUAUACCCAGCACUCGCGCCACGCUGUGCUCGUCUUCUAUACCCACCUUCCCCCCGUCAACUCAGCAUAGCAUCACUCAGGGCCUGGAUGGUAGCGGCCUGGGAUGGUUCGUGGCAUAGCCACGCUGUAUUCUUAUAGUUGUAAACUAAGUUUAACGUUGUGCGAUUGCUGUGCAUCGUCUUGUAUAUGCUAUCUGUAUUGCUUUUUGGGACGCUAUACACUUACAGACUCCUAAUCAUCACGGACUCCCCCAUCGUCUCUAUUCUCAGCUCCUAUCCCGCGCACACACCCGCUCGUCUCUUCACAUGUUUUGUAUCCCACACCCCUCACGAUAACGCAGCCACUGCUGUGCGCGUCUG